AUGGCGCGAACUUCCAAAAAACGGAAGCUAGUCGAUCCUCAACAGUUGGAGGAAGCUCGGAGGCUCGAAGAGGAAGCGCAGGCGCAGGGUCAAGAAGAUAUGCAUGAGAUCGUGGAGUACGAACAAGAUUUCCAAGAGAGGGGGAAACACAAACCGGCUGUCCGCUAUAACCCUCAGCCAUAUACCACCGAAACCCUAAAGGAAACAUGGCCGGCUCUGGCAAUAGACGCAGCUUCAAAUACCAGCACCAUCCGUGAGAAACUAUCGUGGUUCGGUGAAUCGUACGUGGGAUGUGAAGAGCUGCCCGAAGACCUGGCAAAGAGAGUCUACCAGGGCAAACGAGUGCUUUUCUCCAGCGAGGCACAGAAGGCCGAGACCAUGAAGUUUGUUAAGCAACUAGCUAGCGAACAUGCCACUGAGCUUAGCCAGAGGAAGGGACAAACUGUCGAGCCUGCUGACGUGCAGUUCGAGAAUGUGAGCAAAGAGGAGAAAUCGCAUAUGAUUUCCUCCUUGAUCCGGGGAGCAUACGACCAACCCUUCAAGCUCGAUGCCGAUGCCUCUCCAAUUCUCAAGAACGUCCUAAGAAACCUGUCGAACAACCACACCUACCACACCGAGCACACUCAACAGUUCAUGGGCAGUCUUAUGCAGAAUCUCCCUCUCAAGAAAGCAAAGGCUAAGGCUAAGUCUGCUUAG